CAGUGUAAACAAAAGAUUUGCAGUUUCCAAUUAGUUUCAUUACUUUUCCCGAUUCUUUUCAGAAUGGCGGAUAAAUACUAUCGUUUGAUCAGUUUGAUUGUAAACAUCUGUCCUCUGCCUCUCCGAGAACUGUUUCACUUCUGUGCAAAAAAUGAUCCCCUGUUUACUGCACCAUAUUCGGCACAUGAUUAUGUGAUGUUUCGACAAAGUGAUAUUACGACAGCACGGAAUAUUACACCAGACCAAUACGAAAAAAUAUAUCCCAGAAAUGGUCAAACAGACAUAUCAAACUGGGAUAUAAUGCUACUAGCAACGACUCUAAAGCUGCUGUUUUUGAAACAGAUUUCACAAAUAUCGCACACAAUUUUUACCAACAUUGACAUCAUAAGAGAAGUUCGAAAUAAAAUACAACACACAGCAUCGGCGUCUAGCGUAUCUGAUGCAGACUUCAGUGAACAUUGGAAUGAUUUAAAAGUGGCUAUCCUUGCUUUGGCGAACGACAUUAAGGGAUUGACAUACAAGGAAGACAUACGGAAAGAAAUUGACAAAGCAAAGUCAAGUAACAUGCCAGACCUCGGAAAUGUGCUUUGUAGAUGGUAUGAAGAAAAAUCAUUAUCUCUAGAGAAUAAAAUACAAGAGCUACAGACAAGAAUUAAUGAACAGCGAGAAAAAUAUGAGAAGGAACUGAAUGAUUUAAAGAGAACAUUACAAGAUGUUUCAGAAAACGCUAGAAGUACAAAUACAUUGCUUUACAAAGGAUCGCGAAAGAAUACAAACUAUUCUCGUAAAAGCUGUAAACGUUUCAAAACAGUGGACAACCAACAGGAUGUAAUGCAACGCAAAUUUUCUGAAACUAUCAGGCAUCGACUGCCCGUUGAUCCUAUUUCUUUCUCGGAAUUGCCUGACAUUACCAAGAAACUCUGCGAAGACCAUUUCGUAGUGGUAUGUGGUACAAGAAAUAGUUCAUACCUCAAAGCCGCAUUGACAGCAAUUGAAGGGAUGGGAUAUGCGAAAUACAGAUGUUUCGAGUUAAACGAGGCGUCAGACUGGUGGCGUGUUACAUUUGAAGAAGCUGAUUGUAUAGUCGUGGUAAAUCCUUUCGGAAAGAUGUUUUUUGACCAGAACAAAGCAUCAGCGAUGUCAGAUGUAUUUGACAGCAUGCUUAGUGCGACAAGAGAUGAAGAACUCCACGAUAUUGUUAUCAUAACAGAAAAGGCGUUAUUAUACAAGUGUAAAAAAUACUUCCCCCAUGAUCUAUUGGAGGCGGAGAUUACAAUUAUACCGGAAAGUGAAAGUACUCAAGGUACGUGAAAAUGUAUUCCUGUACGAAAAUAGGAACUGUUUUACAGUUGUAAAACAUCUGUAAAAGACCUGUAUUUUGAAAUUACAGCUGUAAAAGACCUGUAACUUGAAAAUGACUAGAUAUACAGUUGAAAUUUACAGGUUCUCAAAAAUACAGCUGUAU